GUUUUUUUAGUGUACUGUCACUUUAAGUGUGGGCAACGGAUCCAGUAUAUUGUUACGCAUUUUAUUUCUCAACUGCUUAUUAUAUUCAUUUAAAGUGUAAAAGACUGUGUACUACUAUAAUUACGGCAUUAUGAGAUAAUUUUGUGUUAAAAUGUCCGUUGAAGUGCACGAAAACAUGAACUCAGUUGUCAUUCUCAGUGCGCACUGUCUUUUUCUUGUACUGGAGUGCUGUCUGAAGCCUUGAGAAGCGGAUUGGACUCGAGCUUUAGAUGAGCGCGCAACAAAACUUAUCAAACAACGCGGUAACUAAAAGAAGAAUUCAUCUUUUUACUGCUGUAUGAGACCUCAGUCCAGUUUUAACAUCCCUUGUUUCUCAACAACUGUUUGUAAAAAACCUAUUAUUCUUAUCUAGUUCAUUGUCAAAGUCUUUAAUGAUCCUAACAAUUGUAUUAUAUUUUGUAGUCUUUAUAUUACAAAAUAUUUUGUAAUUAAUUCGUCUUAAAAAUGACCCUCUGUCUUUUGAAUUUCUUGAAAGCUGGAUCCUUUUAACAUCACAGAACAUUUACUUUAUCAUCAUCUCUCGUCCUUUCCCUGAGCUUUCUAUUGCUAUACAUCUGUGUGUUCUGUUUAUUGUCUCACCGCCCCGCCAAGUCCAGCUUUAAUUUUUUAUUAUAGUCAUCUUGUUCUUUUGGGAGUUUUCCCACUUAUCUCCAAGCAUCGGCUAUGUGGUCCAACCUUUUCUUGCAGCAAGAAGACGAAGGCAGAGGAAUGGCUGCAUUAGGUGGACUUGGAGUUAAGGUCGCGCGACCGGGUAAAAGAACGAGACAACAUCGGCUGAGUGACAGCUCGGAGGGCAAGAUCAAGUUGUCAUUUUUGGUCGCAGUCAUAGGUGUUACUCUGACGAUACUGGGUAUGGGCACAGAGUUCUGGGUGGAGCUAUCCCAACCAAAACACUUCAGGAACAACCAGACAUGUGAGAUGGCACAUUACGGCCUUUGGAAAUCAUGCGUGCGCACACUAUGGGUGUCAGAUAUCGACCCGGAGAGAGAGUCCUGUGGACCGGUAGAACUGCAUGGAGAAUCAAACUGCACAUACUUUAAAUUCUACACUUCAGGGGAAAAUGGUGUUAUAUUUAAGAAAACGACAGAUAAAGGUCUGCAUAUUGCAGCUGCAAUGUUGGCUUUGUUCAGUUUGUUUCUGAUGAUCAUGGGCUCUGUGUGUAUCACCAUGUCACUCAGUAAAAGUGUGCUCUUCUUCUUGAAACCUGCAACCGUCUGCUUCGUCCUCUCAGGUGUUCUGGUAUUCUUGUCCCUCAUUGUUUUCCACCAAUCUGUACUGGCCUUCCUGGCGAGCGACCACACUAUCCCUCUCCAUCAUGAGAUGUCCUGGUCAGUAGCGUGUGUGGGUUCGGCCGGGGCCAUUCUCAUCUUUGCUGGGGUUUUGUUCCUGUUGCUUUCUCUUCCCUUCAGUCCUCUGGACAAAUGUUUCCGCCAGCAGAGCAAUAGCAAUGCUUAGCCGUGCCGGGACCGCCAUUGAGUUAAGCAGCAGAAGCUCUUUUAUAGUCCACUGCUGCUCAAGAAUAAAUUCAUUGAUGUUAUAAAUAACUUGUGAACCAUUCAAUAUACAGAGUAGCUAAUUUUUAUAAUGUUUUGCACACUGGUAUUAGCCUUGCUUGUCAAUAAGGUUGUCAGUACAUUAAAGCUAAUACUGUACAUGUCAGAAAUCAAACCGAUGUAACUUUGAUGGCUCUGUAUAUUAAGUCAGUGACCAACAGAUCUGUUUACUGUUUCAUUUACAUGACUUGCUGUGCUAUGACGCUUUGUCUAAUUAAUCUGCAUUGCUGAUACUUUAUUGUUACGGUAUAAGUACAAAACGAAAUACAUUGAUUUCUUACUGCUUGCAUUUGUAUAUUGAAGGGGCAUAUCUCAUGCUUUCUUGAGAAAUAGCCCAUCCCUGCUAUAAUUUUGCAUUCGCAUGACUAACUGGUGGGCCAGCAACACCAUUUUAUUGAAUAGUGUUGGCUAUUAAAUCUGCGUAAUCUGACGCUAGUUGCUUAAUAAAGUCUUAGUAGUUAAGCGUGGUUUGGGCACUAGCAUACCAGAUCACAUUGGCCCUCAUUUAUCAUUCUUGCGUAGAAACGGGCGUAUAUGUUGGCGUAAGAUUAUACUUACACUCCUCUCACCACCUGAUUUAUGAAGCUGUGCGUACCUCUGAAAUUCGGGUGUACGCAAUACCUGCCCUUCAUAAAUGCCGCGGCUGAAAACGAUCGUCAUUAGAAUAACACGCCUAUAUAAAUUCAAGUCUCCGCCUCCCCCACGCCCUCAUUUUACGCCAUUGACACACGGAAUACGGCAAAGAAGAGAAACCAGGGAAGUGGAAAGAAACAAAAUUGUUUUAUUUGGGAGUUUAAAGAGCGGGAUUAAAGACACAUUAAUAAAUGCAUGACGUUUUGUAAUAUUUGUAUUAUUAUUUUUUUAUUAAUGACGCUUAAUUGAUAUUUAGAAUUUAUUAUUAUUAUUAUUAUUAUUUACUGUUGCCUACAUCUAAAUUAUAUGUCUGCUUAAUGGUUCGGUUAAGUUUUUUUAAAAUAAUAUUUUAAAAUGAUGUAGUAACUUUUGUAGUGUGUUUUUUUUUAUUUACAUACAGUUGUUUGUUAGCUAAGAUCCAGUUUGAUAUGGAGCUCCGGAUAUAAUUCAAAUUAACAAUUUCUUUCCACGACAUCCACAUGUUUUACUAGGCUAAUUCAUAAUUUGAAGUAAUAAUAAUUGUAAUAGUAAUUAUGAAAUAUUAUAAUAAUUAAUUCCAAGGAACAAACUGUUGAAUAUUGGGAACAAAUUUUAUAUUUAUGGCCAUACUUUAGACUAAAUAAGAAAAAUAAGUGUCCAUAAUGUAGCAUAAAAGAUAAUUCGUGGCCAUGAUUUUGUCCGCAUGUCAUCAUGAUCGGAUUUAUGGCUCCAUUCAACACAAGCAUUUUACCUUACCUAUUCAUGUGUAGCUAUUUAUUUAUCAUCGAAUGGUAUGUAACUAUACCUUUUGAUGCAUUAUUACCAUGUUUUCGUAGCACAUCCUUGUGCUUUCUUGCAAUGUGCCGCUUCAGAUUCCAGGAUGAAUAUUUGCUAACUCUUUACAGUCUCUCCGCACUUCCUUUCAAUGUUUUCUUCCUGUCCAAUCUUAACUUUGAUUUUUACUUUACAUUUAUGUAUAAGGCUUGAAUUCCAUAACUUAUUGCUAGACGUUUUUACAGAUUCUCGAACUAGCAAAUUAUCAAAGGGCGUUCUGGGUUCAACGAGCGGUGCUGAGCGAGCGGAAUUUUUAGAGAGGCACUUUGAUGGUAAUAUUACCGCACCGCUCAAGGCUCCGCUCCGCUCACAUGCUUUGCCCUGAAAUGUCAGGUAAAGCGCCCAGGCUCUCAACUGAAGGAAUAUGCCUACAAAUCAAAUGCUUUGGUAAUGUCUCACAAAUUAAACAUUGAAGUACAUGUUGCAUUAAAAUAAACUAAAUUUAAUUAUAAACUAAGUUUAUAAUUACUAUGUUUUUUUUAUUUUUACAGUGGGUCAUAUUAUAUCAUAUAUUUUAGUUUGUCAGUGCGUUUUGUGGUGUUAGGAACUGUUUGCGCAUUUCUGCACUAACUCAAAAUGUGGGUACACCACCUCCUGAGCUGGCGUAGGAUUUGAGCGUGCCGUACGCCAACGUCCAUAUUGAUAAAUCUCAAAGUCACCGUGGUUUUGGGUGUACGCCAGGUGUACGCUGGAAAUAUGGUGUACGCACUUUUGAUAAAUGAGGGCCAUUACGUGCAGGGUUUUCAAUAAACAAUAUAACAGAAGACAAGACAUAUUAAAUGUCCAUCCAUAGGUUUAAUAGAAUGGGGUGUUAUUUAUACUUGCGUUGAAUUGUAUUAUGCAUUAACUAGAUGUGUUUCUAUUGUGCGUGAUGUGGAUAAAACAGAGCCACUGUUUAGCCACAAUUCAGUGUAAAUAAUUUGUGAUUAUAUUGUUGUCCAUUAGGUUUAAUAGAGCUUCAUCACAUCCCACGUUUCUUUAUUUACUCGAUCCAAACUUUCUCUAUUUCUGUCACUCUGUGUUCGUCACACUCUUUUGCUUGAGGAUUAAAUCUCUUUCACCUAAGAAAGUU